AUGUAUCAAGACUUCCUCCCACGGGCUACAUCGGAGUUAACAUGUAGUUUCCUCCCCACAUUCAACAAUAUAUUCACAAGUGCAACUAUUACAGUAGACUUUACUCCCACUAACGCAGAGUGUUUGAGUGCUGCUGGUGCUGUUAAUAAUAUGAUCAACAUUCAUUCCGCACUGUUGCUAACGCUCUCACCACUGCAUACAGUUGGUGCAGUACGAGUGUUAGUGCAAAAGAAGAGGAAUAAUAAUAAUAAUAAUAAUAAUAAUAAUAAUAAUAAUAAUAAUAAUAAUAAUAAUAAUAAUAAUAAUAGUGAGGAGGAGGGGGAUAUUAUUAAUAAAAAUACAGCGGAGUGGCAUCAACUUCAACUGGACUCUUCUAUUCUUUAUAAAACAAAACAGCGUAUCGUGAGUGCUGCUGCACGGCAAGAACUAUUAUCAUUAACGGCGAUCUCUUCUACUCAUGAAGAAGUUAAAGAGGAAAUAGAAGAGAAGGAAUGUGAAAAGAAUGAAACUGGAAGUGAUGCUGAAGUACUUGAACUCGUACUUGGAUCCAGCGAUGAUGAGAAUGACGCCUCUACAAGUGAGGUGCUGGUGUCAUCUAAAUUGCAAGAAGUUAAUAAUAAUAAUAAUCAUAGUAAUAAUAAUUUUGAUAAUAAUAAUCAUAGUAAUAAUAAUGAUAAAGAUGAUAUGGCAACACAGUUUCUGCUUAAACUAUGGCCUAGUAGUCUGGAAGGAAUAAAUACAGAAGAAGAGGAAGAAGAGGAGAGUAGUACAUUAUAUAUUCUACAGUGUUGUAUUGAUGUGAUAUUAGUUCCUCCAACAGAAUUAGUUGGUAAGUCAUUUCCAUUCUUAACAGUUCUCUCAACUGUGGGAUCCUCACAGUCUCUACCCGAAUCCGAAGUGGGUGUAAACCGUGAGGAUCAAUAUAUGUUAUUUGUAGGACAACGAUUUUAUGAUUAUUUUAUUUCUCCUCGUGUGGCCUAUACUGAAAGAUUCUCUGAUGGUGUUACUUUUACCUCUAUAGAUGUACUCAUAAACUCUCUGUGUGUACAUCAAGAUGAGAGUGUAGAUCUAUGGGAAAUUGUGACUCUCACUUCUCUUCCAGUUUUACCAGAGAAUUUAUUCUGUGCCUUUGUACGAUCUUCAUUAGAAGAGAAUACGGGUUCAUCAUCUGCGGUGGAAUUACAUGCGGGUGUGAAAUGGUCUGUUCAACAUCAUCCAGCAUAUACAAGGAUGUCUACUUUACAAGAAGAGGGAGAAAUAACUACAAGAACACGUCUUUAUUUUUUUCAUUGCGAUCACAUAUUAUGUGAAUAUUUACUUCCACUCAUACAUAAAGCGAAUACAGCAUGGGAUAGUGUAGGAUCAAAGAAAACAGAUGUAAACACAUUAUCUCCUCACUCUGAUGAGAUCACUUGGGUAAUUACUAGUAGUAGCCAUACAUUAUUGCGUCUUCGUCGAGGGGCAUUAUGUGUACGGGGUGGAGUGUUAUUAACAGCAGAUGUACUGCGGGCCAUGUGGUCUCCUCCGCAUGUAUUAACGGUUAAUUCCCGCGUAGAUACAUUAAGGGCGAAAGUACUAUUGUUUAGUCUUGCAUUAGAAAUGAAAUGGCGGACUGCUGCUGCUGCUGUAGUAGUAGAGAAUAGUAAUAAUAAUAAUAAUAAUAAUAAUAAUAAUAAUAAUAAUAGUAAUACUAUUAUGAAUACAACUACUACUAUACCAGAAUUUAAUGCAAUGAUAUCCGGUGUUGGUCUCACACGUGCAUGGGCCUUUUGUCUUUCUUGUGAUGAGCCGGGAUGGACAGAAUUAUUACAACAGGAACGUUGUAUCGCAGCAUGUGGUCUACACACCGUUUCUCAAACAGAUCCAUGGUGUUUAAUGCAGCGGUAUAUUUCUGAAGUUCGUCAAACUUUAUUGUUUUUAUCAUCUGCCGCUGCAGUUAUGUCUAUUCGUCAUCAAUGUUGUUACCCAUGGGAAGUGAUGGAAAAACAAAAUGAUACAUUAUUUUCUAAAUUAUUGGCUGAAAUGAAUUUAACCAUUUCGUAUGGAAUGCAUUUAGAUCUUAUACGAUUAUUACUUCAAGAGGAAUGGAAUAGUCAGCGAGGCAAUAAUAAUAAUAAUAAUAAUAAUAAUAAUAAUAAUAAUAAUAAUAAUAAUAAUAAUAAUGCGGUGAGUUCUGUGCCUAUGCCCCUUUUGGCUUCUCUUUCAUAUGAAGUCAAACCAACGCAGUCGGCGGUGUGUCGUGAUAUACUUCUUCAUAUGCGGUUUCCCAAGUUAGAGAGUACACGUGGACUUGUUAAGGGAAAGAAUGAGUCUACAGAGAGAAUGUGGGGAAUUGAUUUAUCCUUCACACUACUGGAUUUCACUGUGGAAGGGCCAGAGACAUCUCUCUUCACAGUGGCUGCAUCUACACGGAAAGAACAGACACUGCAGUGUCAGGUUACUCAGACCAUUCCGGGAUAUUGGAGAGUCUCAGGACUUGCAUGGGUAAGAGGAUUGGAUCAACAGACUAUGUUUUCACUCCUUCAAAGAGAAAAGGAAGAGGAUCCUAAUGAGGAUAAGAAGAAUAACAAAGAUGUUGAGGGAAGGGGAAAUGAUGGAAAUGAAGAUACAGAUGGAAAUAAAAAAAUAUUUACAAUGCAGAUGCCUUUAUUAGUGUUAAACCCUAAAGUUAUUCCUGCAGCGUUGUUAGUGCGAGUUCAACACCAUCAAUUUUGGUCUAAUCUUUCAACACUUAUAGAUAUUCAUACACGUCGAGUUAUUCUGGAAUACAUUAUGGAACAGGCCGUACAAGAAGGAGAAACUAGAAAGAUGGAGGAAUCUAAACUUCUCUUUACACCAUUACUAAAUCAACUUUUAGAGAGUCUUCUUGAUGGGAAUCCACAAGAAUAUCAAGAAAAUCAUUCAGUCUCUUUAAAUACAACGAAAAUGACGCCCUUAUCACUAUUCUUUACAGCAUUACGAAACCUUCACGUUGAUGAGAGACUUGUUUGGCGUCAAGUUUACUCGGACAUACAUACACGUUUUUCAUAUUAUCUCUCAAAACAUCAUUUUCCUUCAUUUCAGUUAACUGCUGGAGGAAAUCAAGAGAAAAAGGAGAAUCUCAGUGAGAAUACGGGGUCUAAUCUUAAUCCUAAUCUUAAUACUAAUCCUAACAAUAGAAAUGUAUCAGAUGUGGAAAAACAGUUAUUAAAACACCUUGGAACCAUUACAUCCUAUUAUGAUUCUCUACCCCCUACAGAAUCACAACAAUCACAACAACAACAACAACAACAACAGAAAAGUCAGAGGCCACGAUUGGUAUUGAGUUUGAAAAACAAAAUAAUCCUAACUCGAAAAGAAAACGAGGAAGAAGAAGAAGAAAAGAAAGGAAUGAAGAAAAAGAAGAAAGAACGUAACACUCCAUCUAACCCUACAGAACUUGUUGAAAUGGUUAACCGCGUUAUUAUAGAAACUUCAAAAUGCAAAGAUGAUGCUGCACUUGCGGCGAGAAGAGCAGCACUUUCCUUAUCUAUUUCAUUAUGUUUACUUCUUCAAGGGAGUCCAGAGUUGCUGAAGGACCGAAAAGGGGGAAGUACACUGGCGAAGGCACAAGAACUUUAUGAAUCCCUUCGAAAUGCGGCUGCUGCUGCGGCUGGAGAGUCUGAUACUAUUCUCCUGAAGGUAUAUGAGGGUUUUUAUGCAAAAUAA